UUUGGGAGUCACCUGCUCUCUAGAAGAUGGCUCCACAGGGCCAAACCGAUGGCCCGUCCCAUUGUAGCUGCACCCUAUUAUAUACACACGCACUACUACUCUUCCACGCCGGUGGUGCAGGUCACACUGGGGCCUCUCGCAUCUGCGCUCCAUGCCCAGAUUCCAACACGCCCCCUCGACCUAGCCACUGCUGCAUCUAUCCCAUUGUGGGCCACACACCUGUAUCACACUCCCUGUCUCCAGAGAUGCCGGUCUCCAUUUCAUGUGCUUCCCUGCCUGCCUCGGUCCAUAUGCCAGUUCCAGCACCCCCUGAUCUUGGGUUCCGGUCUCCGUACCAUGUGCAUCCCGUACGUGCCCAUUUUCAGUGACUUCCUAUAGCACGUCCAUGCGCUCGUCACUCACUCAGUCUGCACGCCAGUCCCAAUGCUCCUUGGAUUCGGGUCUCGAUCUCCGUUCCAUGCGCUCUCCAUGCAAGCACCUCGCUCGGCUUUUCUUCAGCGCUCUGCAUGCUGUGGCUGUGCCGCUUCGUCGGACUGCUGACCUGUCUCGCUCAGCAUCUGCUCAGCCCACCCUCUGAUGCCCUGCUCUGCCCAUCACCUUGCUGGUAGGCCCACCCUCAUGCGGUGCCCACCUCCUGUGCCUGGUGUCUUGUAUCACCGCAGCGGCGCCCCGUGAUCAACUCUCUGGCCCUCACCCUCCUGCCCUCGACCUCCUGAUCCC